GGGGUAUCCUAUCCCUCUCCAUCAGUGACUGACCCUACGCUCACGGCAGACGCACUGGAUCAGACCAUUGCUGCAUUUGACACAGUGGAGGAUCUGCUCAAACACUUUAACCCAGACUCCUGGCAAGAAGAUCUUGAGAAUUUGUACACAGACAGUGGCCACCAUUAUCGAGGCAGGAGCUACCAUGACAGGAAGUCCAAAGUUGACCUGGACAGGUUGAACGAUGAUGUGAAACGUUACAGCUGUACUCCGAGAAACUACUCUGUCAAUUUAAGGGAGGAACUGAAGCUGACAAAUGUAGUUUUCUUCCCCCGCUGCCUCCUUGUCCAGCGCUGUGGAGGAAACUGUGGCUGCGGGACUUCGAACUGGAAAUCUUGCACGUGCAUGUCAGGGAAAACAGUGAAAAAAUAUCAUGAGGUGCUGAAAUUCAUCCCUGAGGCUGGGCAUCCCAGAAGAAAAGGCAGAACCAGGAACAACAUGGCCUUAGUAGAUAUACAACUGGAUCACCAUGAGCGUUGUGAUUGUAUCUGCAGCUCAAGACCACCCCGAUAA